AUGGCAAGCUACACGGGAUCGUGCUACAAGAACCAGAGCAACUACGCCAUUGGGAAGUUGAACACGACCGACGGAUCUGCUUCGCUGCAAAUAUUGAACGAGAUGAAGUGCCUGUCGACCUCGUUCCUGCACUCCCUCGCUUCACCGGUGAUCCACCGCGACCUCGAACCGCGCAAUAAUUUGCCCAAUCAGGCCAUGGAAGCCAAGGUGACCGACUUCGGUAUCUCGAAGGAACGCUUGGACCAGAGAAUGACGGCGGGUGUUGGAACGUUGUUCUGGAUGGUGCCUGAGGUCAUGUGGGGUGGGGGCAUGGUGCUGUCGGAGCUGGGUGUGCACACGUUCCCGUACGCACGGACGACGAAGCAGCCAAAUGGGAGCCAAGUGCACGCCCGAGUCCAGCUGAAGCGUUGUACAGGCUUCAAGUUUUAA